AUGAGCAGCGUCUUCAGCCGUUUCCGCGAAGGACAGCAGGCUGCUCAGCGGCAAGCCGUGACGCCGGAGCCGAACACUUCUCACUCCGGGUCGCCGGCCGGAUCGCCAGCGCAACGCCCGGCCACGCCUUCCAACUUGAACACGACCACCAUCGUCCCAUUCAACUCCCCUCCUCGUCCCGCCCUUCAUCGCCGCCCCUUCAGCGACCUCGAUGACCAUUCUUAUACGCCACGCUCGACCAAGGUUGCCCGUUCAGCUGCGGUAGUGAUUUGUGCUCGCCAUGAGUUGCCACGCGAUGCGCUGAGUGACUUUGUCGAGCUCGGUUCUGACGCCAAGUUCCUCGACCUCAAGGCACAUCUCCUCAAGAGCGACCAAGAGCGCCAGAAGCUGAGCAACAUACUGCAGCUUCGCAACUCCGCCACGAAGAAAAUGCUCGAAGGGCGUGCUAUGAUCAUCCUUAUGUCGCCAAACCUGACGGCUCUGGUCACAGACCUGUACGAACAUGUCUGCAACUACGCGAAGGUGCAUCCCGACGCCUUCAAUGUUCCCGAAUCGCUCGUCAAGGACCAUGAGCUCUUCGGCGAGCUUUGCCAUAUGCUGUCGAACGCUUUAGGUUCGCAACGCAGUCGCAUGAAACAGCGGUUCGAUGACUACGAGUCGGUGCCGCGUAGCAGUGGUUCCCAGGCCGCCAAACACUCCAUCGACAAGUUGGCUACCAGUCUCGCGCCGAAGAUCGCUCACGUCGGUGAAGUACAUCUAGGCCGCCUUGCUUUCCUGAGGGCUGCCUAUUUGGACUUCAAGAUGCGUCCCGCUGACAUGCGGCGUCCUUCCGCGGGUGCUAGCGAGCAAGAGGAUUCCGCCGAGCCUAUCACCACAGGCGAUGAUGCUGAAGACACGACAGCCGAAGGCAGUUCCUCGUCGCGGCGCUUCCGCGACACGGAAUUCUUCAACUAUGUUGAUUGGCAACUUCAAGAGCUUCGCGAGCACCUUGUUGCGAAUGUACCCUUCCAGGACCGUGCGAAGACUCUGCGCGCGUUCUACGAAGAUGCACUCGACAAGGACCGUGAAAAGUAUCGCGGCGAGAAGACCAACCCCUCGCAGCUGGGUCACCCCCCGCGCUGGCAAGAAGAUCUCGAGAUGGCCCUCGUCUGGUAG